AUGGCCUCCGAAUCAAUUUAUAGGAUGUGGGUUGGUGGUGAGAUGGUAGAUGGAAGAGGGGAUAUUAUUCCGGUCGAAGACCCUUCCACAGGGGAAAUAUUUGCACAAUGCCAUUCUGCUUCCCUCGCGGACGUCUCUGAUACGGUCCAGGCGGCCCAUGAUUCUUUCCGGUCUGGUGUCUGGUCCCACAAGUCUCGCCAUGAACGUGCCGAUGUCCUCGAAAAAGCAGCCGAGCUUCUUACGAAAAGCCUACCGGAACUUAUCCCAAUUGAAGUCCGCCAAACCGGCCGCGUGAUUCGGGAAAUGAAUGCUCAAGUUCCGUCUCUUGUUCGUUGGUUUAAAUACUAUGCCGCUCUACUCCGUACUGAAGAACGGUCCGUGCUGCCAACUUCGGGCAAACUACAUAAUUGGAUUGAUAGAAAGCCCCUAGGGGUGGUCGUCCAGAUUACACCAUUCAAUCAUCCACUUCUCAUCGCUGUUAAGAAACUCGCCCCGGCUUUAGCUGCAGGCAAUUCUGUCAUCCUAAAACCUAGUGAGCUUACGCCAUUAACUUCUUUACUCCUUGGGAGGGUCUUGAAGGAAGCAGGUCUUCCAAAUGGUGUCUUCUCCGUUCUUCCGGGAUACGGUCCCAUCACCGGAAAAGCGCUUGUCUCCCACCCAUUGGUUCGUAAAGUUGACGUUACGGGCGGAACGGAAGCCGGAAAAAGAAUAGGUGAGAUUGUCGGGGGCAAUCUAGCGAAGUAUACUGCUGAACUGGGAGGCAAGGCACCCGUCAUAGUAUUUGAGAAGGCUGAUAUCACGGCAGCGGUAAAUGGGGUUGCGUUUGGGGCAUUUGUUGCAAGUGGACAGACUUGCGUAGCAGCUACGAGGAUUGUUGUUGAAAACAGUAUACUAGAGAAUUUUAAUACCUCUCUCGUUGAAAAGGCGACAUCAAUAAUGAAACGGAUGGGAGACCCUAAAAAUCCAGAAUCGAUGAUGGGUCCACUCAUUUCCUCUAGCCAAUUGACAAACGUCUCGAAACUUGUGAAUGAGGCCAUUGACAGUGGGAAAGCACAUGCAGUUAUUGGAGGUGAAAGGAUGCAUGGCAAAAGCCCACUCGACGGGUUUAGUUACGACAACGGAUACUUCUACCCGCCUACAAUCCUUAUCUCUCCUGGCACUCAGAUCACGCAGAACCCAGUUACCGGUGAUGCCACAAUCUUAUCAACCCAAAUCUGGACGAAAGAAGCAUUCGGGCCCGUCAUAGUGGUAGUGGGCUUCAACGAUGAACAAGAAGCUAUUCACCUUGCAAAUGAUAGCGAUUUCGGACUCGGUGCUGCGAUAUGGACUAAGGACCUAAGUCAGGCUUUUAGGGUUUCAGAGGAGAUUGACUCCGGGAUUGUGUGGAUUAAUACUCAUCAUAGGAACGACCCUAGUAGCCCGUGGGGAGGUACAAAAGGUCCUAGCGGUGUGGGGAGCGAGAAUGGAAUUGACGCAUACUAUGCAUAUUCGAAGACAAAAAGCACGAUUGUGAACUAUGCGUCGAAGGAAGAGAUGAGAGCGGAUGACUGGUUCCGAGAAGGCAAUGAAAACGUAAGAUACGGUUAG